ACCUUAUCUAAUCAAAUCGCGCAAUUUUGCCGCGUGUCAUUCAUCAGACGGCUCUGUCCCAGCUUCACUUCUUUCUUUCUUGCUUACAGUCUCAAUUUCUCGCUCUGAAAAAUAAUUGAGCUUUUCUUUACAAGUAUUUGCUGCUGGAUUCUCUUUUCACUUGAUCACCUCAAGCUCAAAGCUUUGUGUUUAAUAUGAUCUUUAAGGAGCCGGGACAUGGUCGUGUUUCAAGUGUUACGUUUUGAUUUGGGAUUUGGGUUUUAGUUGUAAAUUUAUCUUUUUUGAGUUGAAGAUUUUGGGUGCUUUACCUGACAAGAAUCACCAUAGAACAGUUUUUAAGCAAAAGUGUAAACGGAGAGAUUUAGUUAUCUUAUGAUGAUGAUCAGACCUGAGAAUCCUUCUUGAACUGGAAUUGAUCGGGCGAAACGCCAUAUACUUUGCUUCGGCAACAAGCCUGCUUCCUUAAUGACUUGAACAGAUAAGUGGUGGGAUAAUCAAUCAAUGGGUGGAAUUUGUUCAAGGAAGAGGAAUCAACAGGUUGUUGAGGAGGGUGUCCAGGUUGGGGUCUCUGGAAGGUACAAUAAAAGCGGAAGUUCAAAAUGGCUAGGGUCAUUUGCUCGACCAGCUGCAGACCUCCAACCAGGACGAGGCAAUUGCCCAUCCCUCAUGGAAUUAUGUGUAUACAAAAUACGCGAGGAUAUCGAUAAAUAUAGCACAUUUUCAAUGUUGCCAAGGGAUUUAAGUCAGCAAAUCUUUAACGAAUUGGUAAUUUCACAUUGUCUUACUGAUGCUACUCUUGAAGCAUUCAGAGACUGUGCUCUUCAGGAUAUUCUUUUGGGUGAAUAUCCUGGAGUCAAGGAUAGUUGGAUGGAUAUUGUAUCUUCACAAGGAUCAUCUUUACUUUCUGUGGACCUUUCUGAUUCUGAUGUCACUGAUACUGGAUUGGCUCUUCUCCAGGCUUGCUCAAGCCUCCAAACCAUGAUUUUGAACCGCUGUGACUGCAUUUCUGAAUGUGGGCUGAAACACAUUAGUGGUCUUAAAAACUUGACAUCUUUGAGUUUCAAGAGGUGCAAUGCUGUUACUGCUGAAGGGAUGCGUGGCUUUUCCAGUUUAGUUAACUUAGAAAAGUUGGACCUGGAAAGAUGUCCCCAGAUUCAUGGUGGGCUUGCUCAUCUUAAAGGAUUAUUGAAGCUGGAAUCUCUUAACAUUAGAUGUUGUAAAUGCAUUGAAGAUAUGGACAUGAAGGCUCUCUCAGAUAUCACUAACCUGAAGGAGUUGCAAAUUUCAAAUAGUAACGUUACUGAUUUGGGUGUUUCUUAUUUGAAAGGGUUACAGAAGCUUAUUAUGUUGAAUUUAGAGGGCUGCAAUGUCACCACUGCAUGCUUGGAUUCUAUCUCUGCUCUUGUUGCACUUACAUACUUAAAUCUGAACAGAUGUAAUCUAUCUGAUGAUGGAUGCAGUAAGUUUUCUGGACUAAAAAACUUGAAGGUGUUAAGCUUGGGUUUUAACAAUAUAACAGAUGCAUGUUUGGUGCACUUAAAAGGUUUAAUGAAUUUGGAAAACUUGAACUUGGAUUCUUGUAAUAUUGGUGAUGAAGGACUUGCUAAUUUAACAGGCCUUCCACUCAAAAGUUUGGAGUUGUCUGAUACUGAAGUUGGAAGCAAUGGGCUUCGCCAUCUUUCUGGUUUAACUCUUCUGGAGAACUUAAACCUGUCUUUCACCUUAGUGACUGAUAGUGGCUUAAGAAGGUUAUCUGGAUUGUUGUCUCUUAGAUCACUCAACUUGGAUGCUCGCCAAAUUACAGAUGCUGGGCUUGCAGCCCUUACAAGACUGACAGGAUUGAUUCAUCUAGAUCUUUUUGGGGCUCGCAUUUCAGACUCUGGAACAAAAUAUUUGCAGUACUUCAAGAAUCUCCAGUCCCUUGAAAUAUGCGGUGGAGGAUUAACUGAUGAUGGGGUGAAAAAUAUUAAAGAUCUAGUCCACCUGACAGUAUUGAAUCUGUCACAAAACAGCAACCUAACAGACAAAACCUUGGAGUUGAUUUCUGGAUUGACAGAAUUGGUGUCACUGAAUGUUUCAAAUUCUCUCAUAACUAAUGAGGGAUUGCACUAUCUGAAGCCUUUGAAGAAUUUACGCUCAUUAUCCUUAGAGUCUUGCAAGGUGACUGCAUCAGAAAUCAGUAAGCUCCAGUCAACUGCCCUUCCUAAUUUGGUAAGCUUUCGGCCAGAGUAGUGUGAGUGCAAUGUUAGAUGUCCUUGUAAAUAGCCUGCCAUCAACCUACUAUGGCUUCAUGUACAGUUUAAUAAAUUUAUAUUUGUAUACAUGGAAAGAAAGGAAGAGAUAUGUUGGGUACAGGAGUGAGAGAUGUGGAGAACGCUGAUGCUAUAUGUAAAAUAUUGGCUAUUGCUGAAUAGACUGUAAAUAGUUGCUUAUGUUUGAUGAAUGCCGUGUGCCAGAAUUCGAGUU